AUGGCGGGGGCGCGAGGGGUGGCGGGGCCCGGGUGCGCGCGGGGGGGGGCCUCGGGGGCGCGGGCGCGCCGGGGGGCCGAGGCCCGCGCCCUGGCCGCCCGGGCGCGCGGGGGGGGGGGGGGGGGCACCUGGGGGGGCGGGGGCGGCCGGCAGGAAGCGGGGGGGGGCCGCCACCCGCCAGGGGCAAGGCCCCGGGCGGCGGCGGGGGGGUGGCGGGGCUUCACCCCUAAGGUCCCACCGCAGGCACCAAAUGACCAAUGCCUCGCAAGGCUUACCCUGGCUGUUGUUGGUUCUUUGCGUGUCUUGGCCUAUACGGGGAGACCCUAUACUCCUCUGGCUCCCCCGACCUGCCGGGUUCCCUUUUGCAAAUACAAAUCGGCCCGCCACUGA